CGAACUUCUUCUUGUGUGCUUCCCCUUGGCCCCCCCCCGCAAUCUGAAGAAUGAUGGAUCGGCUUUCCAGUUACUGAAUACUAAUUCUACCUACCGCCCCUGCUGGAGCUUCUCGCCUGUCCCUUCUCUUCUCCUUCUUCUUCUUCCCCCCCGCCUCCUCCUUCUUCCUCUUCUACUUCGCCGUACCUCCUCGUCCUUGCGACCUACUCACUUUCUUCUCCGCUCACCGCCCGCAAUGCCCUUGGCGAAUGCAUAUGACGUCUCUGUUGUUGGAUGGCAGCACUCGAAGAACUUCCGUGGAUAGAUUCCAUGGCCCCGUCAUCUUCUUCUGCGCAGGACCAUGCUGACUCUCAGCCUCCGACGGUCGCUGCAUUCUCUCCUACUACCAUCUCCGGCUCAUCCUUAACCUCGAGACAACGCUCAAGUAUAAUUGUACACCGCAAGUCCCCUCUUUUAGUAGCCACUCCGCCUCAGAUAACCCGCGCCCUGGCUUAUUCGCACCCCUUUAUUCUACCCUUAAAUAAGCUCGUGGGCUUGCUCACAUGGACAACUGGGGACGGAUGGCAGAGCUUCUUACUUGUGGCCGUGUUUUGGACACUGGUCCUCUAUGGCGAGGUCAUCAUCUUGUGGGCAGGGCCACUCUUGCUGGUGGUCGGGCUCAUUCUGGGCAUGUACUGGAGACGAUACUCGCCCUUGUCCUCUAGGGCUCACAGUGCUGAGAAACAGAGCCAUCAAAGAGCCAUGUCUGAUAGCUCUCCUCAUGGCAACGAGACCCUAGAUGAGAUUGUCGAAACUCUGAGGACAUUCACAACUCGGUGCAACAUACUGUUGGAACCCCUCGUGGAGCUGACUGAAUUCUUAUCAACGCAAAGGACGGCUACAUCUGCCACUACCCGGCCAGCUCUUACUACUCUUUUCUUCCGGAUCUUAUUUGUGACGCCUCUCUGGAUUGCUUUAACCCUCCCGCCAUUGUAUUUGAUCACCACUCGUCGUGUAGUCAUGAUCUUUGGCACUAUCAUCAUCACCUAUCACUCCCGACCGGCAAGGGUCUGUCGAGUCAUCUUAUGGCGUUCAUUGACCAUCCGCAAAAUCUGUUCCAUGAUUACUGGAUUGUCUUUCUCGUCGGAUGUGGAAAAGACAUUAUCGGCCGUGAUGCAAAGUCACGGGCAUGCGGUAAACAUCGCCACGAGACGCCGCGGGGAUUCCUCCGGCGUCCGAUUCACAUUCAUCAUCUAUGAGAACCAGCGUCGCUGGCUGGGCAUUGGUUGGACUUACUCUCUCUUCCCCUCCGAGCGUGCUGCUUGGACCGACGAGCAUCUGAAUCCGGUGCCUGCAAAGGACGAAUUUGAGCUGCCUGGCGUUCAAAGUGGCAAUGCACAGUGGCGGUGGGUAGAUGGCAGCGACUGGCAUAUCGAAGGGGCCGAUGACCAAAAUGGACACUCCGAUGCCAAGUCCUCUGACGGUGGGGGAUGGAUCUACUACGACAACAAGUGGAAUGAGGGUCGCCGUGGCCAGGACGGCUGGGACCGAUACACCCGUCGUCGGAAAUGGUGUCGCGACGCUGAACUCGUUGAAGUGCCUUCUGCAGCAGCCGAGGGCUCAUCUACAGCAGUGAAAUCUGGUCUGUCACAAGCCUUGGAGGCAGAGAAACAGGAAAAGAAACCAACCGGCACCGUGGAUGCGCACCCGGCGGAUAGUAGCGGUGGAUGCGAUACCGAUAGCCUGGCCCCCUCGACCUCCUCCAAGUCACGGAGACGCCAAUGGUUCGGGAGCACGAAGAGUGUAAGCGACAUCAAGAACAGCAGCUUCUCCUCUGCUCCACCAACCUCUACCAACAACUCCUCCAUUGAUCUUGGAAGAAUAACGUCUGCCAAUAGUACCAAUUCACCACCAUCCGGGAGAGCCCCUUCCAGGCCGAUUAAUAUCUCUCACUCUCGAAGACUGUCCAACUAUUCCGGCACCGCCAGUUACAGCAGCAGCCAGGGACCAGACGGUAGCCUCCGAGAAAAGGAAAUCACUCGAGCGCAGGAUCAGCUGGAUCGAUGGGCUGCCCGAGCGGCAGGAGGAACCGAACGGGCAGAGCGAGAAUUGGGGCUAGGCGACGAGGUGAAUAUGGGAUUGAGCUGA